CUGUGCAGAGGGGGAGGGGCGCAGUGGAGUGGACUCCGGGCCGGGUGCGGAGCGGGGAGCCUAGCGGGGUGAAUGCUGCCCGCUGGGCGCUCCGGGCUAACCUCUGCUCCACCCCACAGGGAGGCUGUUCCAGACCCGCCCUCGGGAUGAAGGACUCGCUGUCGCUGCUCGCCCGGAUCCCAGCCCACCCUGACUCUCGCUGCUGGUUCCUGGCCUGGGACCCCUCUGGGACCCUGCUGGCCUCCUGCGGGGGAGACCGCAGCAUCCGCAUCUGGGGCAAGGAGGGGGAUGGCUGGGUGUGCAAGUCGGUGCUGGGCGAGGGGCACCAGAGGACCAUCCGGAAGGUAGCCUGGUCCCCGUGUGGGAGCUACCUGGCUUCAGCCAGCUUUGAUGCCACCACCUGUAUUUGGAAGAAGAGCCAGGAUGAGUUUGAGUGUGUGACCACCCUGGAGGGACAUGAAAACGAGGUGAAGUCCGUAUCCUGGGCCCCAUCCGGCAGCCUCCUGGCCACCUGCAGCCGAGACAAGAGCGUCUGGGUCUGGGAAGUGGACGAAGAGGACGAAUACGAGUGUGUGAGUGUCCUGAACGCCCACACGCAGGAUGUCAAGCACGUGGUCUGGCAUCCCAACCAGGAGCUGCUGGCAUCAGCCAGCUAUGACGACACGGUGAAGCUGUACCGCGAAGAGGAGGAUGACUGGGUGUGCUGUGCCACGCUGGAGGGACAUGAGUCCACGGUGUGGAGCCUUGCCUUCGACCAGAGUGGGGAGCGCCUGGCCUCCUGCAGCGACGACAAGACCGUGCGCAUCUGGCACCAGUACAAACCAGGCAAUGAGCAAGGGGUGGUCUGCAGCGGCGCUGACCCCAGCUGGAAAUGCAUCUGCACCCUGUCUGGCUUCCACACCAGAACCAUUUACGAUGUGGCAUGGUGUCGCCUGACGGGAGCAUUGGCUACAGCCUGUGGAGAUGAUGCUAUCCGCAUAUUUGAGGAAGAGCCGCUGUCGAGUCCCCAGCAGCCCACCUUCGCGCUGACCGCCCACAUGCCCAGGGCUCACUCCCAGGACGUGAACUGUGUGGCCUGGAAUCCCAAGGAGCCGGGGCUGCUGGCUUCAUGCAGCGAUGAUGGAGAAAUGGCAUUUUGGAAGUACCAGCGGCCAGAGGUUUGCUGAGAAACCCAGCAGUGCAGUGACCCCAGCAUAGCCACGGGCCUGGGCCUGUUGUGUGCAGCAGCAGCUGUUAAAUGUUUUGCUAAGAGAAUACGUGUCCUGCUGGUGGGAGGGGUAAUGUUCCCUGCAGCCCUAACCUGCAAAGGGGGAAAAGAGCAGCCACUGCCCCCUCCCCCCCAGGACUUGGAUUGCUGGGGUAUCAGGGUGAACCCUACCUGUUACUGCUAAACUAGUCUUAAAGGUAGAUGAGGGGUGUUCAAUUUUUUUGGAGGGGGAGGGGGUGUCUCAAACAGCUUCCCUAGGAAAAGGCUUUCCCUAGGUCUCAGUGGAUGGUAAGGGGGCAUGAGCAGCUUCCAAAGGGGCCCAGCAUCAGUUCCUUCCUGGAGCUGAUACGAGGCUGGCAGGAUGCUUCAGCGCAUGGCUCUUUGCAAUAGUGCAACUCCUUGAAAGGAGCCAGGGUCAGGACUGGUUCUGGAGCUGGUCCCUGUUCUGGCCAUUACAUGGGAAACUGGCAUUUCCUAGCUGAGGGUUUCACUGGCAGGGGCCGUUCUUGACCCAGGGUGGUGUGGAGGGAAGGAGGGGGCUGCCUGUGAUUGAAGCAUUCUAAUAAAUAAUCAUGUGCUGUC